AUGGCUGAGUUCCGCCCCAACAUCCUCUUUUACAUGGCCGAUGACCAUGCCUUUGAAUCAACUUCAUGUUAUAGAGCUUAUGUCAACAGCACCCCGUAUCUAGAUCCAAUUGCCACCGAGGGAAUGAAUUCCAAUCACUGCUAUGUGAACAACAGCAUCUGUACUCCCUCUCGCGCCGCGCAUAUCCCUAACGUGGUCAAGCAACUCCGCGUUGGUGGCUACCAAACGGCAAUGGUUAAGAAGUGGCCUCUGGGCGAAGGCAAAGAUCACAAAUCGAUCGGAGUCGACCACUGGAGAAUUGUCCAUAGUCAAGGCGAGUACCACGACCCGCAAUUCAUCCCACCCAACGGCAUCAAGUGA